AUGGCUGGCGAUAAAGGAAACCCUGGCUCUCCCGAGUCCACGCAGCCAUCUGCGAUGGCGGGAAUGGAAACACCAACUCCUGAAGCUGUGCCUCCAAUCAGAUCCUCUGCCUCCGCGCGGAGAACAUACGGUACACUCGAUCCAUCCUCCUCCGAGGCGACCAAUCCUGAACUAAAUGAUGAUGGCCAAGACGAGAGUUUGACUCGCGCAUUCACGACUCAAUCUUCUACUGUCCCUGAUAAGCCCCGAAAGCCCUCGGUAUCGCGUCGCAUGUCUUCCAAACGUCCAAUCCCCCACAGAGGGCAAGGGUUCUCGACAGAUGAUGAUGUCAAUGAGGUCAAGCAAUAUAUGACGAUGAAGCAAGGCGCGAACCCGCAACAAUCACCCAGGAUUCGCCCACUACGAACGCAAAGCUCGACCUUGAGACGACGUCCCAGUGCUCGUCCCAGACCCUUGGCAAGAGCCGAUUCGGAGGGUUACAACGCAGACGAAACGGCCUUACCUGAAGCAGGUCUGGAUUAUGAAGAAGAGUUUCCUUCGUUGAAACAAACCGGACAUACCAGUGGAGGGGAGAGUGAGGACGGUGAGGAGGAGGGUGGAAUAGAAGACGAUGAAGACGCAGCCAGCGAUGCUGAGAGCUUCACACUCAAAGACCGUCAACAGGCCAUCAACCAAACACACCCGUUUGGUAUCAGACUCUGGAAGCCUGCGUUGUACAAGAAAAGCCGUUCUGUAGAGAAAACGGCCGAGGGUGAUAUCCACUCUUCUCCAGGAGGCUAUGUCAGUCCCAUGCUUUUUUUGACCAAUCUACUAUGGUCUUUGUUUUUUGGAUGGUGGCUUGCCCUUUUCGCUCUGUUAGCCGCAGUUGCUUGCUUUUUUUUUUCCUACUCAUCCAGUGCUGUGGCAUACGGAAGAGUAUUUGCAGGUCUUUCACGAUAUCUGUUAUACCCGUUCGGAUCAUAUGUUCUUCUGGAGACCGAGGAGAAUUAUGCCGAGGAAGAUGAAGGCGAGGGACGCAGUAUCAGCGAAUAUGAACAAUGGCAGAAUGGCGACCUGGAACAUGGCCGUCUUUUCUUCGGCCCUCGCAGAGAUCGGUCCCUGGUCGGUAGACGAAGAAACAGCGUCGAUUCAGCCGGUGAACAAGACAGCCUGCUCGGGCGACCCCAGCGUGGACAACGCGAAGAGUCCUCUCAGCUCGCUCAAUCCAAGCGUCGCCUCUUUGGGCGGGGCGAAUGGACCUUGGGUCGCGUCGUGUUCUUCGUGUUCUUCUACUUCCUAGUUGGUCCGCUGAUGCUUAUGGUAUCGCUCGUCUGCUGGCUCUUGGUGUUUUGGAUUCCCAUGGGUCGUAUAACGAUUACACUCGUGAGCCAUUUGCGCAGACAUCCGCUAGCACUGUCCUUCCAUUCCGAUUCCAGAUAUGCUAGAUCGAGCACAACCACAUCUUCGUCUUCCAUACUUCUUUGUACCUACAGAGCUGCUGGAACGAGGUACUGGAAGUACACUCUCGAUGGAACGAACAUCUUUUUGAUCAAUCUUCUUGGCGUGGUUGUGUUUGUGAUUUUCGACUACCAUGUUUUGGGCAAAUUCUUAGGCUUGCAGAAUUGGCUCACACAUCCGGCCUUGAUCUUCCCUCUCGCGUUGCUCUCCAUUAUUCCUCUGGCCUAUUUCAUUGGACAAGCCGUCGCCUCGAUCUCCGCUCAAUCUUCUAUGGGCUUAGGUGCUGCCAUCAAUGCUUUCUUCUCAACUAUCGUAGAAGUAUAUCUCUACUGUGUCGCUUUGACUGAGGGCAAGGCUCAGCUUGUCGAGGGAAGUAUCAUCGGCAGUAUCUUUGUCGGCAUUUUAUUCCUCCCUGGUUUGUCCAUGUGCUUUGGUGCACUCAAACGCAAGACCCAACGGUUCAAUGUGAAAUCAGCUGGUGUGACCUCGACGAUGUUGUUGUUUGCGGUUAUUGCUGCCUUUGGUCCCACCCUCUUCUAUCAGGUUUAUGGUAGUCAUGAGCUGAACUGCCACUCGUGUGUAAGUUCCCUCGAUCCAGAGACUCGAGAUUGCAGGCGCUGCUAUUUCUCACAAACAGCGGCUGUCGAUGAUCAAUUCUUUCAAAAAGCGGUACAGCCAUAUGCAUGGAUCGCCGCUGUUUUCUUGUUCCUUUCAUACGGCAUCGGCCUAUGGUUUACUCUUAGGACCCACGCUGCUCUUAUCUGGGCAUCAGAGAUGGAAGAAAAAAAGAAUUCCCAUCCCCAUGCCCAUGCCCAUGCCACCCAAUCUGCCCAAGAAUCAUUCUACGAGCCACGGCACAUGUUCCCAAAUGGCCAGCCCGAAGCUUCUGGUGCCGCUUCUGGGUCCAAAGAUUCGAUCCGUGAAUCUCAGCUGUAUAAGCGAAUCUUAGGCCAGUCAUUGAAGCAUCUUGGCUUGGAGGACAAUGACUCUGGCAAUUGGGAAGGGGCUGGAAGUGAAGCCGCAGACCUCAGGGGCAAUUUCCCACACUUGGUGCCCCCCAAUCCUAGCGGCGAGGACGGUUACCCUGUGCCAAAGUUUGUCCGUAAUAUGGCCCAAGAAGACAACGAGCGUCUAGUACGCCAGUUCACCGAAGUAGCAGCAACAGCAGCAACAGUGGCUGCUCGGGAUACGGCUCGAAGUCGCAAGCCCAAUGUACAACACCAUCAAGCCUCUGUUCGUCAAUCUAGCCGCCCUGCUCCGGAGCGAUCACGAAAUACACCUGGGGAAGAGCUUGAAGAUCUCGGGUUGAGUGUGGAGCCCACUCAUUCUAGCGGAGGACAUGAUGCACCUAAUUGGAGCAAAGUUAAAAGCUCUGUCAUUCUUCUUGGGGCAACUGUCCUCUAUGCAGUGAUUGCUGAAAUUCUUGUCAACACGGUUGAUGUUGUGCUAGAGAGCGUGGAUAUUGAUGAGAAAUUCCUCGGCAUUACUCUUUUCGCGUUGGUGCCAAAUACGACGGAGUUCCUAAACGCCAUCUCAUUUGCCAUGAACGGAAACAUUGCAUUAUCUAUGGAAAUUGGGUCUGCCUAUGCACUACAGGUCUGUCUAUUGCAGAUUCCUGCUGUGGUAUUCUUCAGCGCUUUCUAUGGCCGCUCGCUAGACCCAUCUGAGCUUGUCAGCCACUCAUUCAACCUAAUAUUCCCGCAGUGGGAUAUGAUUACCGUUAUUAUGUGCGUCUUCCUUCUCUCGCAUGUAUACGGCGAAGGAAAGAGCAACUACUUUAAGGGAUCCAUCCUUGUACUCACCUACCUCGUCGUUGUGCUUGGCUUCCAUAUGUCAGGCUAUGUGAAUAUGGACAGUAUGGGCGUGGAUCGCUUUGAUACCCUAGCCAUAGGCAGCACCAGUAGUUCCAACAAGUUCUACACUGUUGGCCGAACAAGAGGCGGGGUGGCCUACUAG